AUGGGCAACGGCAACAGGGCUCAACAGAAGCGUGAACGCAACGCCGAGAAGGCCGGCAAGCCUGCCAAGUCGCAGCUGAAAGUGAACGCUGCCGCCAAGGACAUCCAGUGCCAGAUCUGCAAGGCUACCUUCUUGAAGACCACCAAGGCGCCCGCUCUCACCGAGCAUGCCGACAACAAGCACAAGAAGACCCUGCCCGACUGCUUCCCGACAUUUGGCGUCGAGGCAUAA